AUGAAUGAUCUAUACUAUUAGUUAAAAGAAGUAAGAACUGUAAUCGACUAAUUUAGACUGCUCAAUAGAAUGGCAUAACAAUAGAAUUGAUACCUUCCAAUAGAUAAUCGAUAGCUGAAAUGAUGCCUGAUUUUUAAAAGAAAAGUUCAUCGAUUAGAAUGAAAUUGUAAUUAAUCAGAAAUAGCAAUGAAGAAAUCAGCAGGCUGACUGAGGUUAUUUAGACAGCUGCAUCCACUAGCAAAGAGAAAGGUUGUAGUUUAUGAUCAUCUAUAUAUCUAGAAUCAAUGAAGAAAGUUGAUUAAUUACAAGUAUAAAUUAAUAAGAAUACUGCUGAAAUAAAAAAGUUAUUUGAUGAAAUAGAUAAAUUAGUUAAAGAAAGUGAUCCUGAUGAACCAGAAACUAGAGCUAUGAUUUAUAAUUAGAAGGCAAUACAACAGGAAGUGGCAUCUAUAUUGUAAUCUGGUCAGAAUACAAUCUUUAAUUAUAACAAGACUAUUCAAAAGAAGAUGAAAAGAUAAGUAUUGCAAUUCAUAUUCAAUAGUUAGAAAUACUAGAACCUAAUUUGACAGAAAAAUAGAAAACUGACAUUAUUCAAGAUCCUUAAGGAUUGGAGAAGAUGGUAUUGAAGGAGACUCUAGGUUAGCCAUCUUUGCAAUUGGUUUAUAGGGUUCAGGAUAUUCAAGAUAAAUAUUAGGAUAUUUAAAAGUUAGAGAAGGUAUUGUAUUUGCUGACAUUUUAGAGUACUCAGUAUUGUUUUCAAAUGUUAUCGGAGAUCGCAUUUUUGGUAACCUAAUAAGGAGAGUAGAUAGAGAGCAUAGGUAUUGAAUUAUGAUAGAGAGUAGAACAAAAUUUGAAUAAGGCAAAGAAUUACAUUGAAAAAGGGGAGAAAAGAUUGGCUAAGGAACAGAAGAUCCAUAAGAAGAGUAGAAAGGUAAGAGAUGGAUAUUAUAGAUUAGAAAAUGUGUUGCAUUAUUUUAAUUGGAUUAAUUGCGAUCGGAGUGAUAACUACUCCAAUAAUCCUGAAGUUUGUGAAAAGUAGCGGUUGA